AUGGCAGGGCAGUCCCGCCAUGGGUCCUGGGAUGGCAAGGGAGGCCCACCAGUGGUCCUGGGACAGCAGGGCAGGCCCACCAGGGGUUCUGGGACGGCUGGGCAGGUCUGCCAAACGUCCCUAGACUGCAAGGCAGGCCCACCACGGGUUCUGGGAUGGCGGGGCAGACCCUCCAGGGGUCCCGGGACAGCGGGGCAGGCCCGCCAUGGGUCUCUGAAUGGCGGGGUAGGCUCGCCACAGGUCCUGGGAUGGCGGGACAGGAACGCCGUGGGUCCCGGGACGGAGGUGCAGGCCUACCACAGGUCUCUGGAAGGCAGGGCAGGGCCGCCAGGGUCCCGGAACGGCGGGGCAGGCCCUCCAGUGGUCCUGGGAUGGCAGGGAGGCCCACCAGGAGUCCUGGGAUGGCGGGGUUGGCCCUCCAUGGGGCCCGGGACAGCAGGGAGGUGGGUUGGCCCACCAGGGGUCCUUGGAAAGCAAGUUGGCCUGCCAGGGGUCCCAGGACAGCAGGGAGGUGAGUUCGCCCACCAGGGAUCAUGUGAUGGCAGGGAGGCGGGUUGGCCCGCCAGGGAUCUUGGGACGGCAGGGAGGCGGGGGUUAACAUGCCAGGGGUCCCUGGAUGGCAGGGAGGUGGGUUGGCCCACCAGGGAUCCCGAGACGGCAGGGAGGCCGGUUGGACUUCCAGGGGUUCGGGGACGGCAUGGAGGCGGGUUUUUCUGCCAGGGGUCCCAGGACGGUGGGUGGCGGUCUUGCUCACAAGGGGCCCUGGGACUGCAGCGGGGAGGUGUUUUGGCCAACCAGGGGUCCCGAGACAACCGGGAGCCAGGUUGGCCUGCCAUGGGUCCUGGGCAGAGAAGAACUCUGCCACUUUAG